UCUUUCUUUUUGAUAUCAUUGGCUGUUUCGUUAGUCUCAUCGAGUUCGCGAAUGCGUUUGGACGCGUUUCUCCUAAGAGUUGCUGAUGCAAUCAACCACCUUGGUGCUGCAAGAGCGUUUUUAUUUUUCAAGAUUGGAAUUGGAUCACUUUGAUCGAGUGCAUUGCAUGAUCGCAAUUUAGGGAUUUAACUGAAAGCCAUCUCAAAUAAAAAGUGUCAGUUAAGCAUUUGAACAUUGAAAUCUUUGCGAGAAGUACAAUUAAAAAAGAAAAAAUUUGUCUAGCAAGUGCAACUCGAAGCUAGAUUUGAUCACGCUUUAGAACUUUAUGUAUUUCGAAUAGAACGUAUUUCAUAAAUUUUUACUUGUGCUUAUAAAAUGAGUAACAUGAGUAAAAUGAGUAAUGGCAACAUAGUAAAAAAAGGAACAACGAUCUUGACCGAUAGACCAUUCGUCUUUGUUCUUCGUUCAGCUUAUAGAACUACGCGAUGUGACAAUUGCUUCAAGAGCAGUGAGAAAUUGUUAAGGUGUUCAAGUUGUCAAUAUGUAUAUUACUGCAACCGUAAGUGUCAGAAACAAUCGUGGCGAAUACACAAGCUAGAAUGUGUAUGUUUGAAAAAAACAUUACCAGGAAUGUUGCCAGAUUCUGUCCGACUCGUGGCACGUAUAAUUAUCAAGCUCAAACAAGGUGGGGCUAACGAAAUGGACUAUUACACUAAGAAAAACUACAGAAAAUUUGCGGAUCUUUCGUCUCAUUAUUCGGACAUGAAAGUGGACGCGAAGCAUAUGCCACCUUUCAUUGCAUUGUGCGCGAUUUUAAUCGAGUUUCUCGAUGAAACACUCAUGCCUAGUAUUGCAGAAUUGAUAAGUAUUUAUGGCAAGAUGAAUACUAAUCGUCUCGAAAUACAGGACGAAUUGCUGAAAGUCGUUGGAUUUGGCAUUUAUUUGGGAGCAUCCGUAGUGGGUCACAGUUGCAAACCCAAUGCAGUCGCCACUUUUGAAGGAACUACUGUCAUUAUCCGAACAUUAACGGAUCUUCCUUGCUUGGACUGGUCACAGAUAAAAAUCUCGUACAUCGACUUAAUUCAAUCUAAAAAGGACAGACGCGAGAAACUGUACAAUUCGUAUCAUUUCUGGUGUGAUUGCGAAAGAUGUAAAGAAGAAGAAUCACUGACCGAAGCAGCCGCCUGUCCAAAUUCAUCAUGUGAUUCGCCGUGUUCGAUCGAUGCUGACAAAUGCGAGAAGUGCAAUACGAAAAUAUCUGUAAAAUUUAAGGAGACGUUUCAGGAAAUUGUUGACUUUACCAAUCAUGAUUUUGAAAAUAUAAUAUUUAUUGCUUUUCUUCGCGAUUUGAAUACAUUCUCUUGGAUUAAGAGGUUUUUGGAGAAACAGAAAAAUGUAAUGUAUAAAUUUAAUGUACACCAUAUUUGUACUCUCGAAAAAAUUUAUAUUGCAUCAGUGAACUUGGAGUAUUGGAAAGAAGUAGAGUUUUACAGCAAGCAACUCGAGGCAGGAUAUUUAUUCUACUAUGGGGAAGCGUACCCUCAGUUAGGAAUGCUGUAUCUUACGCUAGGAAGUGCACUGUUGAACUUGGGAAAACCGAGAGAAGCUCUUAGAACAUUGAACAAAGCAAACACAGUAUUAAUGAUAACGCACGGUAAUAAGCAUUUGUUAGUGAGAGAAGUAUUGAAACCAUUGCUUUGUAAUGCUAUUUUGUUGUCAAGAUUUUCGUCAUAAAAAUAUUGCUUAUUGGACGUUGUAAUAGAAGUGUUAAAAAUGCAAUAGAAAGUGCUAGAUGAUGUGCAUAUGUUACUAUUGAAACUGUUUAAAUCAAAGAUCUGUAAAAAUAAAAUGUUUUUCUUUUUUUAUUUUA